AUGACAUCCGAAACUGCACCGCUACUCUAUGCCGAGUUACUUUCAAAUAUUCGCCAGAUAUCCCUUGCCAUCUCAUUGGGCUCUGCAAGCGAUGCGUCCACACAAGUAGUGGUGGCAGCGGAUGGGGAGAAUGUCGAGCUCAAACACCAUGGACAGUCACAUACACUGCGCCUACCCUCAAAGGUGGCCCUCGGUGGCGCAAUACUGCCCAUUCAAAGGCCCGGUGCCUCUGCGCUCUCAUGGAGGUUACCGUUGGGUCAAGCAACAGAUACGGAUGCAUCAUCAGCAGAGUCGUCGACUUGGACAGCCACUGAUCUGAAAGCCGGGUCCCAAGUUGCUUGUAGGCAAUGCCAGGCUGUUGUUGUCAAUCAAGAUGUCGUCAAGGUCUGGAAAGACCUCCCCAGUGAGAACUGGGCCGAGAUGAUGGAGUUUUGGCACUGUCACAAACCUGGUGAUCACGAUCACGAUCAUGAUGACCAUCAUCACCACGACAAGUCAAACGCCGUUUCUGCUUCCCAAACCAGCGGCCAGGGUGCCAAAGCGGACGACAUGAGUCUUGCAGCUCGAGGAUAUGGAGCGAGCUCGGUCAUCUCGGCUCAACAAAGUGUUGGGUUUGUUGAUUUGACAACGCUGUUAUUCGUCGAGCAGGACUGUUCCAACAUCACAUAUUCUCUCUCUACCCCUGAGCAUGGAUCACCAGAUAGGCAAGCUGUUGCUCCAGACGAAAGCAGCAGCCAGAUCCGGAGUCUUAACGUGUUUUGCUCUUCCUGCCAGGCUCAUCUUGGCUUUUACAAUUUCCGGACAGCCGCAGUCACACUCCUGAAGUGGCAGAUCUCUUGCGAUUCUGUCUCCAACCUUAACCCUGGACUUGAGGAGUGUCUCGCCGCAACUCUUGUAUCCACCAUAGCGCGAUCGGGAUCCUCCAAGUCGCUGUUGCUUCCCAUCACAGAGACCAUUGCGACCACAGAGGAAGAUGUGAUAGGGAAGGACAAAGUUGUCCACAUAUGGGUGCUCAACAGUGGCAUUGUGUACUCGUCGUCAGCUGAGACCGCCGCCACAAGGCCAGGAGCUAGAAGUGGUACUCUGGCUAUCAAACUGCUUUAUCGUUUGGUACCUCGAGAGGAGGCUGAUCGUAUGCUGGAUUCACUCACUGGCGAUGCCCAGGAGGUGAACCUUCCGGUAAAGGCCAUUCAGGAAGUCAUGCAACAUCUAGACAGGAGUAACUCUCUGCUGCCUACCACCGAACGGGUGUUUAAAGAGUGGAAAGUUGGUUUACUGCGGAGGUGA